CAAUGUUGGCUUUAUAAGGCAGGCAGGCAUCCAUUGAGCUGAGCCCAGGAAAUUAGAAUGAUUGUUGGAUAAAAGAUGAGGCGAGUGGAGGUCGGCUUUUCUCUCUCAUCUUUCCUACUCUCUCUCUUAUUUCAUAUUUGGUGUUCUUCUUCUUCAGAGCCCAUAGGGUAUGGCUACACACUCAAAUGCAUAAAUCAGAGCAGAGAUGGCAAAUCAAUGUCUGGGGAACUCUCUCUCAUCAAUAAUUCCAGUGUCUAUGGCCCUGAUGUUCACAAUCUCAUCCUCCAAGUCAACUUUGAGACCCCAGAACGCCUCCGUGUUCGCAUCACCGAUGCCGACCAUGCCCGAUGGGAGAUCCCGGCCUCCAUCAUCCCCCGCCCGCCCCCACACUCACCCGAGGUCAUCAAACUCCCCCCAAAUUACCCCUCGCAAAUCCCCAAUCUCUCCCCUCCAGACUCCGACCUUGAAUUCACCGUCCUCUCAAACCACCCCUUUGCCUUCACCAUUUCUCGACGUUCCUCUAACGAAACCCUCUUCAACAUCUCACCAAGUGAGCCAAAUUCCAGAACCGGUAUAGUAUUCAAAGAUCAAUAUCUAGAGAUCUCCUCUCAAAUUCCCACAAAUGCUGCUCUUUAUGGCUUAGGAGAGCACACCAAGGACACUCUAAGGCUAGUCCCAAAUGAUGCAUUCACUAUGUGGAAUGCUGAUAUAGGGACCUUUAACCUAAAUUUGAACCUCUAUGGAUCACACCCCUUUUACAUGGAUGUCAGGUUUCCAGCCACAGGAAAAGAUUCUCCAAUGGCUCAUGGGGUGUUGUUGAUGAAUAGCAAUGGGAUGGAUGUGGAGUAUGGGGGGAGUUUUGUGAAGUAUAGAGUGGUGGGUGGGGUUUUGGACUUCUACUUUUUUGCUGGACCUUUGCCAGAAAAUGUGGUCCAGCAAUACACAGAGCUGGUUGGGCGCCCGGCACCAAUGCCAUAUUGGUCUUUUGGUUUCCACCAAUGCAGGUAUGGUUACAAGAAUGUAUCAGAUCUUGAAGGAGUCGUGGCUAGAUAUGCAAAGGCAAGAAUACCUCUUGAAGUAAUGUGGACAGAUAUAGACUACAUGGAUGCCUACAAAGACUUCACUCUCAAUCCCAUCAAUUUCCCAGCCAACCGGAUGAGGCAAUUCGUAGAUAAUCUCCACAAAAACGGCCAAAAAUACAUCGUUAUCAUAGAUCCAGGCAUCAAUGUAAACGACACAUAUGCGACCUACCAACGAGGCAAUGUGGCAGACGUGUGGGUGAAGCAGGGAGGCAAGCCCUACCUUGCGCAAGUGUGGCCCGGCCCUGUUUACUUCCCCGACUUCUUCAACCCUGCCGCCUCCCCAUAUUGGCAAAAAGAGAUCUCUGAGUUUCACCUCACCCUCCCAUUUGAUGGCCUAUGGAUUGAUAUGAAUGAGGUCUCCAACUUUUGUUCAGGCACUCUUUGCUCCCUACCCCCACCCGGAUCCCUAUGCCCCCGUCCCGACGCUUACACUGCGUGCUGCCUUGUUUGCUCCGAUGAAAAUGCAAAUGCCCUUGACAAGCCACCUUAUGACAUCAACAACUCCGGGAACAAUCGCCCCCUUGGCAACAAGACCCUACCAGCUAGUGCGAUGCACCAUGGCAACAUCCCAGAAUACGAUGCGCAUAACCUAUAUGGCCUCUUAGAAUCAAAAGCCACUCAUGACGCCUUGGCCAAUAUAACUAACAAGCGCCCUUUCGUGCUCUCAAGGUCCACAUUCAUUGGCUCGGGCACCCACACCGCACAUUGGACAGGUGACAAUGCAGCCACGUGGCCAGACCUAGCACGCUCUGUGCCUGCGAUCCUUAGCUUUGGGUUAUUUGGGGUGCCUAUGGUUGGGGCCGACAUAUGUGGCUUUAAUGGCAACACGAAUGAGGAGCUUUGCAAUAGGUGGAUCCAACUCGGAGCCUUCUACCCCUUUUCACGUGAUCACUCUGACAUAAAUAGUAUUCGACAGGAGUUAUAUUUGUGGGACUCUGUUACUCGAUCAGCUCGUGAGGCCUUGGGCCUCAGGUACCGACUCCUUCCACAUUUUUACACACUCAUGUAUGAGGCUCACACAAAAGGCACACCGAUCGCUCGCCCGCUCUUCUUCUCCUUCCCUAACGAUACUACCACAUAUAAUAUAAGCUCCCAAUUUAUGCUUGGACGAGGACUAAUGGUCUCUCCUGUUCUAACACAGGGGGCCACGUCAGUUCAGGCUUACUUUCCAGUAGGCACAUGGUUCAACCUCUUCGACAUGAAAAGUGCUCCUAUUACGGUAACAACAGGACAGCAAGUGGUGUUGAAUACACCCCUUGAGAAGACUAAUGUGCACUUACGAGAAGGGAAUGUGCUUGUGAUGCAAGAGUCGAGGAUGACUACUGAAGAAGUCCGGACUAGUGGGUUCACAAUAGUGGUGGCUGUAGGGACUGAGGAGGCGAAAGGAGAGCUUUAUAUUGACGAUGGCAAGAGGAUGGAGAUGGGAGGAGAGGGGGAUGGGUGGAGUUUUGUGAGGUUUUAUGGGGGUUUUGUGGGUGGUGGGGUGGUGAGGGUGAGGUCAGAGGUGGAGAAGGGAGGUUUUGCUUCCGGUCAGGGGUUGGUCAUAAAGAAGGUUGUUUUUCCAGGAUUAGGGGAUGGCAUGAACCCCAAAACUUUGAGUUUGAUUGUGGAGGGGAAGGGUAUGGAUUUGAAUGGUGCUGGGGCAAGUCUGAACAAUGGAGUUGCAGAGAUCAAUGGAUUGUCUCUACUGAUAGGGAAAGAGUUUGAUUUGAGAAUGAAUAUGGAACAAAAAAUCCUUAUCAACUAACCAGAGCAGGUGCUGCAACAUGGCAUGAAAUAAAUGGCUAGGAAGUAGGAUGGCCUUUGCCAGAGUUAUAUUUAGGAUGGUAUUUACUAUUUGUGAAACCAUUGAAUAAUGAUUAUCAUAUCUUUAUUUUUUUUUGUUAGAAAUGCUCAAAUACAUCACAUAUGAUGGUUAGUUUCCAAAUUUGGAAGUUGGAACCAGAAAAUCCAAUUUGCAUGAUCAUAAGUGAAUCAAUGAAGUAACAUUAAAUGUCAAAAAA